UUAUCUCUCUGGAUGUGAGUGAUGCGGCCAGUAACAAUGGGUUAAACCUGAACUACACCUUACCCAUGCUGAACGAGUGCAAUGAGAUAAUGCUUCCCAAUGGCAGCAUGGUGCAGACCAUCCCCAAGCUCGCCGUGUCACCCGAAGUAGCAGCUUUCGUCGAUGGAAAGAGUUUACCCUGUAGUGGAACUGAACAGAGGGUGUGCAAAUAUCCUGACUGUUAUAGUAAUCCCUGUGAAAAUGGCUGGUGUGAGGAGACUAUGCAAGGUUACCACUGCCAUUGCUCGACUGGGUUUCAAGGACACAAUUGCGAUGAAGAUUUACCUGCAACAAGACGUGAUGAAACAGCUUUGUUAACACCGGAGACCACUAUCUCAGCAAUAUCAUCAUUGACAUCAACAUCAGAUCCUUCAACAACUAUCAUGACUAGUGAACCUUUCGUUAAGAUAUUCGUGGCAGACUCUGGAGCGCACAAGAUAUUUGUCGCAGACUUAAAAGAAGAAUUAGUGUUCACAUCCAUCCCAUCUACGAUGAACCCAGAAUUCUUAGAGUAUGACUCUAAGAUGAAGAAGCUCUAUUGGAAUGAUGUUGUAGCCAAUCGAAUAUAUCGAGCAAAUGUGGACGGGUCAAACAGAGAGGUUGUGACUUUUGCCAGCAACGAGGCAUCUGCAGGGGUUGCCAUUGCGAAGAACACGGGUAUGCUCUUUGUCGCUUAUCCCAUGUUAAACAAGAUAACAUCAAUGUCGAUUGCACCGGGCAGCCCCAUACCAGGAAUUGAAGUUUACUUUGGAUCGCAAAGUGUAAGAGAACCAAGAGUAUUGGAAGCCGAUGAGGAAAAAGGAUAUCUUUACUGGACUAUGAGUGGAAAAGUUGCUCGCAAACUGCUAUCUGGAUCCGGUGAUACUGAAAUUAUAUACAAAAGCAUGGAUUCCGAAGAACAGUUUGGAUUCAGCAUUGACAUAAUCAGGAAAUUACGUCGUAUCUUCUUCUAUAGCCUUACCACGAAUAAGGUUUUCUACAAAGAUGUGGACAUUCCUCACAACACAUCGUUUGCUCAAGAAGUGAUCCAUGAUUACUGGCAGCGUCCAAACUUGCAACUCCGAUCCUUGAGCUACUUCAAUGAGGUCCUCGUUUGGAUCGCGAGAUACAACAAUACGGGAGUUAUCGGUAUCGCAAUAGGCUAUGAUGAUGACAACGGAUGGCUCGAGAUUAAAGAGGUCGACCAGUUCAUGACACCUAGCGGAACGCAAAUAAUCUUACCAUGAUUUCGUCUUUUAAAAAUCUAUCUGUUUAAAGGGAUAGUUGAGUUCUGUUUUCAGACCGCAAAUGCCUUUUUAGAAAACUACAUGGGGUAUGGACUAUGUUGCGUGUUAACUAGUAAUUCCAC